AUGAUGACAACGAUGAUGACCCAUUGCAGGAACGAGAAUGACAUCACCGGUUACACUCCCUACGGGGCACGGGCCCGCGACGAACUCGAUGCAAUGAAGUCACAAGGCAUAAAAAACCACAGAAGGGACUUUCUCGUUGUUCAGGUCGCAGGCGAAUUCUUCUCAAAGGGUGGUAGUAGUAUUUCCGUUUUUGUGCUGAUAUUGCCGAAAGAUGGUGGGAACGUUCUACGCGAGGAUGUUCUGAAAGAAGGCUGCAGAGUCAAGCAUGUCGAUCAUCCGUUGAAAAUUCUACAGCGGGAA